CCACGACAUCUGUUAUCUGCAACUUGCAAUAAACGAUUGUUGUAGACUCGCCCUAUGAUUGCCAAGUAGAACGGUAGUCCGUGUUAACGUGAGAUCAUCUGUUGGUUGUCAAAGACGCAAACAAAUUUUAUCGCAAAAGACACAGUUGUAAUAUUUUGUAAAAUUCUUUUGCGAACAAUGGCGGAUCCUAAAUACGCCGACUUACCCGGAAUUGCGUAUGAUCAGCUCGAUGUUUACGAGACGAGCGAUUUACCGGAAUCGGAACAAAUGCGGAUGUAUUGCGAGGACGAACCCGAUGGCUCCUGUGUGGAACAGUUACAUAUCAGCGCUAAGGAGGCGUUCAAUAAAUUUAAGGGUAAACAAAUCGUUGGAAAGCCGGUUGAUUUCUCAGAUAGUCUAUCGGCUAAGCCGAGGACAGGAUACAAAUUCGGAGAUUGGGAGCUCGUUGGCGAAGGCGAGAAGGAAACUCCUCUUCAAAAAUAUCAACGAUUGCAAUGUGAGGUUAAAGAGUUGUUUGAAGAGGUGAACGAGCUGAAGGAGAAAUCCAAGGAUGAAAAAGAAAUCAAAACUGCGAGUGACCUUAUUUCUCAAGCACAACAAAUAGAAAAGCAAUUGGUUUCCCUAAAGUUAGAAGAAUGUCUGGCACCGGAUGUUGUCGCGACUUUAUCUGAUCCGCAAGGCACUACGCUCAAACAAUUAAUAUCACAAAUAGAAUUGUUCAAGCAAACCAGCGUGCCUUCAUCCAAAUCGUCGUCAGAGAAUAAAAUGACAGAUGAUGCAUCAGAUGAAUCUGGUGUCUUAAAGUAUCAGAUGAUGUACUUACCGGAAAAGGCGCGAAUGCAGGAAGCCGCUAGAAUCGCGCAACUCGAACAAAGACUUUGCUGCUUAGAGAAUCUCGUAGGCACAAGUAAUGAUAAACUUUCCAAAUUUUCACAGAACCUUAAAUGUCAAGGUAUCAUGGAAGCUGUGCAACAGUUAGAAGCAAAGGCCGCGUUAUUAGAUGUUAAUCAGUUGGAUACCAUUGAAACAAGAUUAGGCAAUUUGAUUUAUCGAAUGGACACCAUCGCUCAAAAGAAAGCUGCGACAGAGCAAGACUCGGAACAAGAACAUAAGGUUUCAGAGAUGUAUGAAAUAAUGAAAAAAACAGACGCUAUAUCGCAAAUAUUACCACAGACGGUAGAAAGAUUGUUGGCACUGAACGAUAUUCAUCAACAAGCUGCUACUUUUAGCAAAUCUUUGGUAAGAUUAGAAGAAUUGCAAGGGGAAAUUUCAUCGGCACUCGAAGGCAACAAGUCUUUGUUGAAAGGAGUGCAAGAAAGUUUCGCCUCGAACUUCGAGAUUAUAAAGAGUAAUAUAGCGACGCUUGAUGAACGUAUGAAGAAACUGAAGAAGUGAUCGAAAUAAAGAACGUGGUAAUCUGAUUACGAGGGCAUCGCUAAACUAUUUUCUAAGAUAACUUACGGAGCAUGUAAAAUCGUACGUAUUAUAUUAAAUUAUUGUUUAUGAUAUAAUUUGUAAGUUCUACUUUCUUGCAAAAAAAAAAACACUUUCAUAUAUUUCAACAUUUUUCAAACGCAAUAUUUAUCUAAUACAAUGCAUAGUCAUUAAAAUAAGAGCCUACUGAAAAACAGCUUUGAUAUAUAAGACAACAUGUAAACUUCAUAUACGAAACAUAUGAAUUAAGAUAAAAUAAAAUUUCAUUAUAGAAAGAAACACUAAGUUUCGAUAAACAUCAUGGAUUAUAUGUGUGGAUGUAUAAACAAUUUUGGAAUAAUUAUUAAAUAAAUUUAACUUAAAAACAAAUAAUGACAAACAAAAAAGUGUUUAGGACAUCUCACAGGAUAAUGUGAUGGGAAAAAAUGAUUUUUCUAUUUUGUUUUAUCU